GACAGAGGAGGAAAAUACAGCACAGCCCUGCGCGCUGGAAAGAUAAAUGGGCUUUAUCUUGAUUUAAAAUAUAAUUAAAAAACAAAACCACCCUUAGUUAUUAUCAUAAAUAUACAGGGGGUGAUAUAUAUAUAUUUUUUUUUAAAAGAUGAAGACAUCUUGAGGAUGGGUUGCACGCGUUUGGAGUAAAAGUCUGCAUCAUCGCGCACGGAAAGGAGCGAUUUUCCCCACCAGCUGGAGUUGAAACAUCCGAUCAGAGGAGGAGGACAGAAGAUGUCGUCGGAAAAACACGGUCUCGAUGACUCUGGCCGUCAGACCAUGCAGCCUCCUCCGUACCUCCCGGGCCCACAAGACCCUAACGUACCCCAGCACCCCAACAUGCAGCCUGCGCCGGGCACCCAACCCAACUAUCCUCCUCCACCUCCUCCUCCGGGCUCAGAUGGAUAUCUUCAAGAAACCCAGUUCCACUGCGGCCCGCUGGGUCCGCAGGGGGCCCCACAGGGCUACACAGUCCAGACCCAGGGCCCCGGAGGCGCUAUGACUCACGCCCCUGUCGGCUACCUCCACCCGGGCUACCCGCUUCAGCUGCAGCCUUGCACAGCUUACGUACCCGUCUACCCCAUGGCAUCGGGUCAACCUUACAUGCCAGCCGGGGGAGGCCACCCAGGGAUCCCACCGGGCCAGAUUCAUCCCAUGCAAAUGCCACCCAGCAUCACCCUAAUGGACCGUCGACCGCCACACGACUACCUGCCCAUCGCCGUGCUCACCACCGUCUGCUGCUUCUGGCCAACAGGCAUCAUUGCGAUCAUCAAAGCAGUGCAGGUGCGUACGGCGAUAGCCAGAGGGGACAUGGUGACAGCGGAAAUAGCCUCCCGCGAGGCACGCAACUUCUCCUUCAUCAGCCUGGCUGUUGGCAUCGCCUCCAUUGUGCUGUGCACCAUCCUCACCGUGGUAGUCAUCAUCGCCUCGCAGCACCACGACGACGACUGGGAGCCGUAACUCCGCGCAGUGUCAGACAGAUGGGAAAUCAUGGCAUAUAUUAGCUAGCUAACUACUCUCGAUCGUUUGGAGGAAAUAGGAGCACUGAACAUGCACACAAACUGCUACUGCAUUGCUGGCCCUCUGUGUACAGCUACACACACAGCUCUGACCUAACCUGCUGCCAUCAAACAUACACCGACGACCAAAAAAACAACCAAUCGCAGCUGAUGUUCAAACGCCAAAUACGAGCAGCUGUCAAAUGAGGUCCAGUAUUGCUGUUAGCACAGCGACCGCUUAAUAUUUACACUGAGAUAUGAGCUGCAAGAGGGAAACAAAGCUCCUUGCAUUAACAAUUCAUUUGACGCUGAUUAAUUCAUACGGAGGAUGUAGUUAGAUGAGAGGAUGGGUCACUGUGUGUUUCAGUUUUACAUAUUCCAACAACAAAACCUACUAAAAGUUCAUUUUUAGGAUAGUUUAAUGCACAUUUUAGUCUUAAAAGUACAAGUAUUUAUGUGUUUUCUUCUUUAAAAACAAAAAAAAAAGUGCCAUGUUGAAAACUGUUGAUUUACAGAGUGCUAUUAUUGCUGAUACACUUGGAAAAGAGACAUUUAAAGUGUUAGAGGGGGUGAUCAAUACACAUUUAACACACCAAAUGGAGACUGGAGUGACAGAGCGUCUAAUGUAACCAAACACAGAGUAUUUAUUUGAGAUUGGUUGUUUGUAUGUUACAUGGACAUUUAAGCUGGAUGAGAUGAUACAUAAUUUAUGAAUUAUAUGUUUGCUAAUUUAUUUAAAAUAUGUUAUUUAUUAAUUUAUUCAAUAUCUACCCAUGUAUUGACGGAGUCUGCUAUAAUUUACAGUAUAUCACUAGUUUAUUGCAGCUAUCUGACUUUAAAAUUGGCUUAAAUUUGCUAUCUGAUGAUGAUGAUAUUGCACUUUUUGGUGACCAGAUGAGAUGACGCAGUUGCUUACAUUCAUAGUUCUUGUAGUGCAUGAUCAAUAUAAAUUUAAUGGGCUAAUGGGCGUCUAGUGCAAAAAUAGCUUGUCUCCCAGCUGUUGGUGGGAAUAUCUCCUAAAAUGUCUAAAAGUGUGUGGUGCAGUAUUUUUCAAAAUGUCAAACAAGCUACUGUCAAAACAAGAAAAGGAGACAAUUUAAGAUAAGUAUUUGAAUAUUAAUUUAGCAAAUAUUGUUUUUUCGCAAGUAUUUUACAAGCGUAUUGGCCUAUUUUGUGUUGCACAUCUCUUAGCUAUUUAAUCAAGCAGACACUGUAUAUGAAACUUAAGUGCAACGUUAGACUUACGAGGCAACAGAACCCUGCAUGUCAUCCUCAGUUUGUUUCCAUUUGUCUUAAAUAUUGCGGCUGUGAGCUCCUGUAACGUUGUUCCACCGUUGAGUCAGGGUUCACCCCACAUGGUUUCCAUAAUGUAGCGUAGCUCUGAGCAGCAGGUGUGCUGUUGUUUUUGUAAGAGCCGUAACAUUACAGUAUGAACUAUUGUGUGAGGUUGCUGGAGUUAUGGGAGGACUGAAAAUGAAUGUUUUCAAUAGGAGAGAGGGAAAAUAUUAAUGCCUACACUGUAUUGUAGCACUUUCUCGCUCUAUGAUAUCUUUCCUCUGGUCCCCUUUCUUUUUGUCUUUUCUCCUGUCCACGUGAGCUAUUGGACCUAUUAAUAUAUCCCCUCUGCUCCUCUGUUGGUCCCUCUGAUGAUGCUAUUUUUAAAACAAUAAUACAGAGAUAUUAAAAAUUAUGAAAAUUGUGUUUGUUGACAAUGAACACGAAUAGAGGCAGUAUAAAUACAGUUUAUUCUGUAGUUUAUAUAUUAUUAUUAUUAUUAAUGUUGCUUUGGAUUAUCACUAAUGUAUAAUAUUAUGUACAUUGAACACAUCUGGGCCUGUAUUUAUCAAACAUCUAGAAGCCAACUUAGUAGUUAAAGUGUGAA